AUGGCAAAGGUGGCCAAAGCCCGGGCCGAUGCCACCACUACAAUUGAUCCCAUCGACCUGGCCGUUGGGGGCCCUGACCACGACAUGGACGUUUCUCACGCCAUGCUCUUCCAUGAGGCCGCCGCCGUCCUCAACCUCCACACCCAGGCCGUCUCCAUGCAGAACACCCGCAACGUGGUGCCGGUCGUCCUCGACACUUCCUCCGGCAACUACCCCACCACCUCGGCACUCCCUGAUUGGACUUGGAUAAAUGUCGUCGUCAAGUCAUGGUUCUAUAGCACGAUCUCCGCUGACCUUGCUAACGUCGUGAUCGAUCAUCGCACCACCACCCAUGAAGCCUGGAUCGCCAUCGAGGGCCACUUCCUCGGCAACCAGGAGACCCACGCCCUCCACCUCGAUGCCAAGUUUCGCGCCUUUGUCCAAGGUGAUCUCUCCAUCACCAACUACUUCAAAUGCUUCAAGAAGAUGGCCGAUGACCUCGCUGAACACGUGACCGACCGCACCUUGGUCCUCAACGUGAUUAGCGGGAUCAACGAGUGCUACAAGGACAUCGACGUCCACUUCCGUCGCGGCCACCCGUUUCCUUCCUUCAUCGCCGUCCGCAAUGAGCUACUCCUCGAGGAGAUCAACAUGAUGUCGCACCCUACUACUCCCUCCACCGCCCUCGUCGCCACUGGUUCUUCCUCAACUCGCCAGUCCACGCCAACCAACAGUGGCGCUCCUCAGUCCGACGACUCCAAGCAAAAGAAGAAGCAAAAGGAUUGA